UGGCGAGCAAUUAGUAUGGGGCUGUAUAAAUUGUUGCAACCAUCGGAGAUCUUCAAAAACCACGAAAUGGAGCAGUGCAUCGCCUGGAUUUUUGCCUUGCUAUGCAUUCUGCACUCCCUUCGAGGAACUUCCAGCACCACCUACGAGGUACUGGGCGAUGACAAGACCUUGGAUAUUGUGUGCGAUGCUUCCGAGGAUAGGGGCAACACACCGAUUCGACAGAUUUUGGACAUUAGCGGCUUGACUGUCGAUAUGGCCGCCGAUCUGGAGACCCUGUACUUCAAUGGCGACAUCAAGGUGCUGAUUGAUGUGCCCAACAAUCCGAUGGAAAUGGAGGUCGAUGUAUUCCGCUGGGAGCGCAGCGAGUGGAUUCCCACCACGCUUGCCAUGAAGAGGAAUAACUUCUGCAAGUCCUUGUCAAAUCCCAUGGAGCUCUGGUAUCCCAUAUUUAUGAAAGUACCCAAGGAGGAGAUGAUUUGUCCGCCGAAAAAGGGGCACGUCUACAGGCUGGCCAAUGUGAGCAAUCACGUGUUUGUGAGGAAUAUGCCCCGUGCGAACAUUGCCGGAGAUGCGAAGGCCGUGGUCCAUCUGACCUCGGGAGAUAUGAAGACCUGUGCGGUGAUCUUCUUCAAGAUCUACGCCUCGGACGAUUGACACUUGGGAUGGGAACGGGAACGGGCACGGGCAAGUGUGGGUACUGCACCCCUGACACUGGCCUAGUGGAUCUCGACGGGAUCCCACUGUUUGCCCACUUUAUAGUUUGUACUUUAUGGUAGUCGGCUGCUCUGGUUUUAUGGCCUGAUUUGGUGGUGUUUGCUCGGCUUCAAUGGCGCGUCCCACCGUUUAUGGCGCUAGCUAAAUGAUUUGCAAAUAAAGCGAAAUAUUUCAUAUUCAUGCACCCGAAA